AAAGGAUGUUUGAAGUGUUGUACACUAUGGUUGUGUAUACUUUGAUCGUUUGUUUAUAUAUUUCAAUAUGCUUAUUUGAUGUGAUCAAUGAUCCGUCGAUCAUAUGCUCUAAUAUAUAGCAUGAUCCAUAUGAUAGAAGAUGAAUAAAUGUUGACAGUUUUCGGGGAAUAUAUUGCUGCAACGAGGGUUCCUUCAAGAGUUGCUCGUAUUUAGGGUGCAAUGUAGAACGAUUGUUUAAAUGGAAAGUCAGUGUUCCCAGCCUUUGUUGUUGCCAUAUUAUUUUUAUAGCAUAUUUUAUGGUAAAUGGUGUUUAAUGUGAGGCUAAGUGUGAGCAAUGUAACAGCGUGACAACUUUUCGAUUCACCUUCUUAAGUUGAUUGAUAUAAUGAAUUACCUUUUACGGGUGUUGACUAUCUUUUUGUGUUUGAAUCUGGUGCGGUACAGCCUAAGCAGGAAUCACUCCAGUGGUUUGUGCGAAGACAGUGAUGUAUCCUGUCGAUCUCAGCUGGUCAGCGCCAGCGCCGCGGAGGCCGACUGCCUGGUGAAGUACUUCCCCAGCCACACGGAGGACUGCGAGGAGUGGGUGUUCUCUGGCGCCCCGGACCGGCAGCUGGGCACGGUGCAGCUGGAGACGUACGUGCGCACUCGCGCCACCUACGUCUGGGCCGCGUUCAACGUGUCCUUCCUGCGCAUCAAGUGGAACACGCUGCGCAUGAGGUUCAAGCUGAGCAAGCGCAACGACUCGCAGCAGCACAAGAACCUGUGCCGGCAGUUCGACCUGCGGGGGGAGGUGCCGGAGGGGCAGCGACUGUACUACGACUGCCCCUGGGCCGUGGCGGAGGAGGAGGACUAUGAGGACCAGUACUACGGCUUCGAGUACGAGGCGAGCGACGCGGGGGGCCUUCGCGAGCACCGCCAGUUCCUGCUGGAGGUGCCCCGCUACGUGACGCGGCCGGAGUUCGUGAAGCUGGCGGAGUGGCCGCUGUUCGUGUACGUGGACGUGACGGAGGCGCCGCGCCUGGUGGUGCACUGGACGGCGCCGCCCCCCGAGCUGGGAGCCGCCCGCCUCGUGAGCGGCUACGAGCUGGCGCUGCACUUCAACGCCAGCUCCGGCGGGCCCGAAGAGGUGCUCCCCCUGGGGCAGGUGGCGGCCGGCCAGCCCCUGCAGCUGCAGCGCGACGUGGGCUCCGCGCCGGGGGCCUACCGCUUCGGCGUGAGGGCCAUCCACCCGGCGUGCGGCCGCGCCGGCUGUCGCCUCUCCUUCUCCCCCACCAUCAAGAUCAAAGGGAACUCGCGCUUGUUCCUGAUAGCCGUGGUGGGCUGCUCCGUGCUGAUCCCCAUGGUGCUGUGUGCCCUGCACGUGCUGAAGAAGUGGCUGGAUCGGCCGACUACAGAUGUGAAGCCGCCGCCCAUCGUGCUGAUGGUGUACGUGCCCACGCACAAGGCUCACGUGCGUGUGGUGAAGGAGCUGGCCGUGUAUCUGCGCACCUUCUGCGAGGUGGAGGCGCUGCUGCAUGACAUCGACAUUCCCAACGACGACGCCAAGGAGUCGUUCACGUGGUACAACAAGGCCUACAACCGCGCAGACUUCGUGAUGGUGGUGUCGUCACCGCUCCAGCACACCACCCUGCGAGACACCAUCUACAGCAACGUGGAGAACAUCGCGUUCAACUUCCUGAAGGAGAAGUUUGCGUCGCCCGACGUGCCCUCGUGGAAGUUCUUCAACGCGGUGCUGCCGUACUGCGACGAGCGCGACAUCCCGCCGGAGGCCGUCGCCUUCCGCAGGUUCUUCCUGCUGGGCGAGCUGGACGACAUGCUGCGGUACCUGCGUCGCGGCAGCAGCGGUCUGCGGGCCAAGGUGCUGCCCCUGCCCCGGCCCGAGGUCCCGGGAGGCCCCGCCCACUACAAAGUGUACGGCGGGCGGCUGGCCGCGGCCAUCGCCGAGGCGACGGCGGGGGUCAGCACCGUGGGCUGCUCCCCCGGCGAGCACACGGACAGCACGCUGUGCCCCCAGAGCUCGGCCUCCGAGGUGUGCGACGAGGCGCAGACGUCCCGGGACCGCCUGCUGCAGGCGGAGCCCCGGGCCCCCGUGCACAGCCCCUUCUUCCCGGACAACGUCCGCGAGGUGGCCCGUGUCGAAGAGGGUCGCACGCCCCCCAAGAGGCCGGCCCACAGUCGCUUCGACAGCAUGAAGCUGUGAUAGCAACUGUCACACAGCUCUUCAUACAAGCACUAUUUUUAUAUUGUUUGUGACAAUGUCAUGUUUCUGCAUGACCAUCACGUGUUUUACGCCUAGAGUAAGUUAAUGAUUUGAGGGGCAAGUCAUUUUUGGAGGUAAAAAUCUUGAAUUGGUGGGUGGGUGGGGUAUUGUUUAUUAACCGUCUCUAAACCAGCUUGUAACAAGAUUCUAGCUUAACAAGUUGUUCUACUUACACUAGUGUUCUUAUAAAUAACAUAGUACUAAUGCUAAUUAUAAAAUGAAUACUGGUCCUAAACCUUUCAAAGUAGAAAUAUCUUUCUCUGCCAUGUGAGUAAAUCCACACGUUCCAGACCACGGAACACUUGCUGUGACGGACUUGUGGUGUCAUCUCGUCCAGUAGUCGGUGGUGGUGUUCAGUUUGUCAUGUACUUGUAGAAGACCCUCUUUAUCUGCUGUUUUCAAAUUGGGGCUGUUCCGACACCGCCUUUUCCAGUACCAAUACCUGAUACUACUGUAAACAUUUAUCAUUUCUGUCCACGUUUUAUAAGUACCUAUUUAAAACAUAAUUUUUGUACAAGACAUAAACACACUAUUAUCCUGAAAUGCUAUGGCAUGUUUCUUGAGAAGAUAUUACACAACGCACCGACAGGUUGCAUUCCCGCCCAUUCGCCCCAUGACUAACUUCCACCGGCAAUACUUAUUUUGACAGCUCAAGCAAUUAUCUUUUCCCAUGCAUUGUCAAAAAAAAAGUUUGCUUCACAGUGUAAUUAAAAACCUCACCUAUUUUCCCCAAGCAAAAAAAACACACUGGCUGCCAAUUGCCUCCACUGCAUUCCCGCCGUCGUACUUCCACACAUUACUCGUCUCGCCCGCUCGCGUGAGCACGCUAUGUAGUAACAGCCCACAUCUAGCGGAUUUACAUUUUAGUGAAAAUUACUUUUAUUUUCCUUGAUAAAUCUGUGUCAAAUUGACUGUGCUCGUUAAAAGAUACAGGUGUCACAUGUUGUAUCGUGUUAUGUUUUUUUUUGGUCACGGUAUGUGUUCCAAAAUGCUUUUCUUUUGUGUCUUUCCUUUUCGGAAGCCAUCUGCUAUUAAAAUAAAUUUAUAUUGAGUUUAAAACUUGUAAAUUUUGUGCCAGGGAAACUGAACACGGAAUUGGUGUGAAAAAAUGGCAUAUUUUGACGUAACGGUUUGGAAAGGGGGGAGGGCUUUUCGGUCCAGAAUUUUCAAUACUAUGCCCCAUCUAUUACAGUCCUAUUCGCUGAAAACAUUGGGGGGUCGUUACAACUGGGUUUUACUGUAUUGGCCAAUGAUGAUUUCUGCUGAUAUCCUACACCAGUAUCCUUAUCGGAACAGCUCUAAUUCUAAUGUUUCUACGCUAUAAUUUUCCCCAUUGGCUCUAAGCCUCUUUUGUGGUUUUAUAUUGCUCUCUGGAUGCCUGCAUCACAGCUAAUUGUGUACGAGAGUUGACUGGUAACCUUGCAGUUGCCGUUUGCCGAGGUCACUCGGUCAUGCUGUUUGCCAGGUUCCCCUGGUACCCGCCCACAUGGAUACCGUAUUAGUCUGCGUGUGGGUCACUCGAUGGAGUGUCAGCCUUGCGUGUGAAGCUCCUGCCCCUUACCUCACCGCCCGGCCAGCAGGCUGUGUGGGCGGUGGCAAGUGCACCUGCCCUCUACCCUAGAGCAGCUUUCCUCUCUCGGGGAAAGCGACUGGUAGAAAAUUGAAGAGCAAUAGUAGCUUGGCUUCUGGGUUGUAGCGGCGUCCUUGGCGAAUAAUUCACUGACGUUUCGGUCGACAUUGCAGUCGCCGUCACCAGGGAGCAGUUACCUACUGAGGUGAAUUAUUCGCCAAGCUACUUCAGACAAUGGCCGUGAAAGCCUGCGAACAUUAUUAAAGUACAAUUGUCAGGAAGGGGGAAACAUGUGUAAAAACAUUUUGGUUAUCUCCUUGGACUUGUUGCACAUAGUAGUGUGUUGAGUGAUCGCAGAAGGGCGGUGAUGCCAGUGCUGUAUUCUUUAGCGGAGCUGAGAAGUGCACAGAAUCUAUACAAACAAAUGUAUGUUGUGAACCUUAGAAUCAAAUUUUCAGGUAGCGAUUACAAAAGUUAGAUGCCCUCCGUGACACCUCUGUUGGUAAAUACGGUAACUCGUUAAUGUAGCUUCGUGAUGUAGUACACAGAACUCAACAAUGAAACGAUUUUGUGCUGAAACCUUUGAAACCAAGAAAUUUAAACUGAGAAAUAACGUGCAAUUAUUGUAAAGCUACGACCCUGCUACAGUAUUUGGUAGAGAUAUGGAAAUAAGUUUCUCUGUUAAGGCUGGAAGAAUUUUUCUUGGUUCUGUUUGGGUAGGCACCAUUUUUGACAAGGCUUGAUAACACACUGAGGGCGUACCGGUGUUGAGGUUGGAAUAUCGGUGGAAAUUAAUGGGCGCCACCACGUGAGUGGGCACGUAGACCCGGCUGGAUAACUCUAACUCAGGGCGUUACGUGGCCCGUGUGCGGCGAGAUAUUAGCCCUCCUGAUUUUUUUACGCAGCACCUGUCCCUAACUAAGCCCGCUCUCAGCGUCGGGCACGCUCCUAAUUAUCGCAGUGGGCUCUUAGGGCGUCCCACACGCCGCUGACCAGGUUAGGGACCCACGUGGCCCCCCGAACACAAAACACGAGACUCAGUUAAAUGGUUUUUAUUUACUCACGGUACACGUCCUUACACGAUCCUCCAUUGAUACAGUUAGAAAACGUCCGAGGCACGAAUCGAAUUAGGUGAGGAGGCGAACCACGCACGUGGCCGCCUCAAGGUACAGACACGUCCGCCCUCGGCCGGCGGGAGAGAGAGACUGGGCUGAGCUCAUGGCUUGCGGGAGGCAACAUGGCGCCCUUCGCGCCGAACACAAUUACCGUUACAACUUAGCUAAGGCGUGCCCCGGGUUACUAUUGAAAAAUACAUAAAUCCUUUUACAAAAAUUAGUACAUUACAUCCAUACCCAGACCGUCUGUAAUAAUUACUUAUAUGAUAGAAAAUGGUUUAAAUGAAGUUGCAUGCUAGUUCCUCCGUCGCCCGCUAGGGAGCGUCCUUGUUCGUGCUUGCACUUAUUAAAUAACAAAACAUCAUGAAUUAGUUAAAUAAAAGACACUCACAUGCAUAGCCGUCGUGACACUAUUUUGGGGACGAAAAGAAAAGGAUUACAAUAUUUAUUAAUACCAAUUAGGGGUGCGGCGCACUGCAGCUAAGCGCCCUCUUGCCAGGCUAGCAACACAAGCACAAGCGGGAGGUUUGAACAGAUGGUGGCGUUUGGGCGGUGGCAUAUCGGGCUCAAAGGGGGGCCCCAGGCCCGGACGACGUCAACACUUAAUUAGAAGUUUACUGAUGUUAGUGUUUUAUCCAGAACUUUUUUUCCUUCAGAAAGUACAUAUUUGGUAUCUGCUGUUGUGCAGCUGUGCUCUGUAUUCUAGUAAUCCAAACAAUAUCUGAAGACUAGUAAUUAAUUGCCAGCACACAUUAUCACUAUGCUUCUUGCUGUUUUGUGAAAAUGCAGUGUUACUCUGCAUCUCACGUGUUUGAUGUCUGCUAUUGAUUUCAUGGGUUAUUUUCUUACUGUAAUUGAAUUUUUUUCCUGCCGAUUGCUAUAACACAGGUGUGCAACAUGAUUUUAAACUUGUGAUAUAUCUAAGAAAACAAUAUUUGUUUAUUUUAUUAUUAAAUUUUUUUAUACCAUAGUUAAUGAAUAGUUUUAUUAUGUUUUUAGAUAGAUAAUUUAUGUGCAUGUUGGAAUUAUUUCUCAAUUUUAUGGAAAGUCGUGCAGAAUUAUGUAUAGUGUGUGCUCUUAAAGGUCAACAAAAUGUUUUAUGAAAGCUGUUAUGAUGAUGACUAUUUUCAGAAUGCAUGAUAUAAUGUUAAUGACUCUCCAUUGUUAUGUUAGACGUUAACUUAAUACAGAAAUGUGUGAUCAAGACAUUAAAAAUUAUGUAACAUACCAGGAAAGAAACUUUAAUAGUAUCUAGUCUUGCUAGUUGCAAAUGUAGCUAGUGUUGUGUAGCGGGUUUGAGUCCAGCCGCAGGCUUGGUGCUGGGAUAAGCUAAUGAGCGGUCAUUGCUAGACACUGUUAUUGGUUAGGUAUUCGCAGUUGAGGCUGUGUUCACAUUGGUUCGUUCAUAACUUUUAAAUAUUUGUGAUUUGUAUGGUGUUCAUUUGUUUUACACUCAUUAGAAUGCUCGGAAGUAAUUGAUUCUGAAUUUACGAUUCUUUGAUCCCCGGACAGUAACCCUCUAAAAAUAACAAUUCUUUUCAUGGGAACCGUAAGAAAAUGUUUGUGGAGUAUUCUGAAAUUGGCUUAAAAGUGACUUUGUUGCACUUAUUCUGGCAUUGUGCAUUGCUAUUCUGUUUGCGUGAUGUGCGUGGUACCGCCAUGGCUGGCGUGAGUACACUCCACACAACUGGGAGGAGUUUCCACAUCACACACCUCCGCUCCUGUACCGCAGCAGGCAGCCAGGCACCGUGCUAGCGAUGACCCUGUUCCCAGGGACUUGCUACUUGCAAUGUCUCUCUCUCUCACUUCCACACCCCCACUCCGUUCCUCCCCACCUUCAACCUUCUUAAAUGCCUUCAAUGUUACUAACUAGAAUUUAUUUCAUCAGUCGUAAAUUAGUACAUUUCACCAAAAUAAUUGUAAAAAAAAAUUAAUAACUUCCAUUAUCAACUGGUUUAAAAUACAAUUUUUGUUUAGAUCAUUAUGCAUAAUUUGCAAGUUCAAAAGAAACCAAUAACAGGUGUUAUAUAGUGACUAAAUCAAACUUGUGGAAUAAGUAAUUUACUAUUUGGUCAGCUUGUGCAGUUUAAGAACUUAAUACAAAUAAAAAGUACAUAAUACUAUGUAUUUUCAUUUAUAAUCUGGGUUACCUGACCAUUGUGUUUAAGAAAUUUGCAUAUUUGAACACAGCCUUUGACUAGCCGCUAGACAUUAUUUAUAGUCUCAAUUGAGAAAUGUUUUAAAUGUGUAAGUAUGGAGCUGAUUUUACAAUCAGGUGAUAUUUAUUGAUUGUGUUCAGAUUUUUUUUAUGAAAACCGAAUAUGUUUAUGCUCUAAUAUUCUUGCUGUUUGAUUUUUAAAAAUAUUUGUGUGUAAAGUUGAGGUGUGCAUGUGUGUGUGUCUGCCUGUCGAGGUCUGUACUCUUAGGGCGGAAUUCAUAGUGGUGAUAUAAGCAAUACUUGAAAAAAGUACUGCUUAUAUGCAUGCUUAAGUAUGGGAUUAAAUUCAUAGCGAACAAAAAGAGCACUGCUUAUUAGGACUACUUCAAGUAAUACUUCACGAAGCACUGCAUCAAAUAAGUACUGCUCAAUACGAAUUCACAGUCAUGAAAUAAGUUUGCCUUGUUUCGCAAGUAUUCAUAAUCAAAUAAGCCAUGCUUAUUCAUUGAUAUAAGUAAUACUUCAUGAAAUCGGCUAUCUAGGUGACUCAAAUACUGGUACGGAUUUGUUUGUUGUAAGAAUAGGUUAUGUAAGGUAUUAAUUCCCGUUAAUUUUUCCAUAUAUUAAAUUAAAAUUGAGAGAGUAAACAAAUUCAAUUUGGGGAAAAGAAACGAAACAAAUAGUUGCAGCUUAGUUUUGUAAACAAUACAGGUUACGUACAUAACCUCUUCUGCAGCUAGUGUGUUGUUUCGCUACCACGUGGUUAACUUCACCCGCUUAUAGAUCUAGAGCUGUAGCAAACCGUAUGUAUUCGGUACUGAGUAACGGGUGCGCCAUCUAGUAACGAGUAACGAAACGUUACACACGGCUGCAUCUCGUUACUCGCAUUUUUCGUAUGUUUUACGCAUGCGCGCGCAUAUUUGAUGAAUUUACGUUACAAAGAACGAUGUUUGUUUAUUAAGUAAAGUAUAAUUUGGAAAUUCGUCGUCCAAGUUUUUUACUGUUUAUUAAUGGUAUUGUGUGUGUAGACAAAGUUUGAGAUUGGAACAGAAACAACGUAAGAAAGUAUUUUUUACAAAUUAGAAAUAUGUAUGUUUUUGUUUUUUAUCAUCGCGAAUUUUCACUUUUUUUUUGUUCUUAGUGUAAAAGAGAUAAUAUAAAAAAAGCCGCUCUAAUGAGAUUGUAUUGUUUCUAGGUUAACAAAAACAGUUAAUUAUCAAAUAUUGUUAAUUGUUUAUAUUCUAUUUAUUAUUAUUUACUCGACGUCAUACUGUACGCGUACGCAAUACAACUCAAUUCGUUGUUGCAACAUAUCAUAGCAUAUGCAGUAUCAGAAGUAACGAGUAACGUAACGAUACGAUAAUAACGAGUAUAAAUUGUUAUAGUAACGAAUACAUACAGGUACACUUUUUUUCGUUACUUUUACACCUCUAUAUAGUUCACAGACACAAGAUGGCCAACAUAAUUUAACAACACAAACAUUAAAAACAUAUUUAUGUAGUUGUAAAUUUGUUUUUAAUACAUGUUCAUAUUUAUUUUAUUCAAGUUCACUAUCAAAUAAAGUAUAAAUAUCAUCUUACGUAUUAAUUUCAUUAUUUUAAUCGCAUAUAUGGUUUGAAACGUGGUCAUUUUUAUUUUCAAACAGGUAAACUAUGUAUUUACAGCGGUAUAUUUGCUUGCGUUACGUUGGCACAAAAUUAAUCCUUUACUUUUUGAGAUACUUCAUCAAGUACAGCAUGGCCAAUAUAAGUAGUGCUUGUUCAAGUAUUACUUCGUCAAGUAUAGGUUUAUGAAUUCAUUGCUGGAAUAAGUACUACUUGAAGAAUAAGCACUACUUUAUAAAGUAUUACUUAUUCGCCAAACAAGCCUUCGACUAUGAAUCCCGCCCUUAGAUACCGUUAUGUAUCUGCACGAGUCGACAUUUUCUUUGCUCUGCAUGUUACUGCUGCCUUUGCACUGGACAACAGUUUUGUAGAUUUGAACUUUUAUGUUUAUAUACAUACAUGCAUGCGUGCAUUUUCCCAGACUGCAAAGGUAUAGUCAGUAACAUGCUUUAUCUGGCUCUCUACUUUUUAAAUUUGUAAACAAGGAGAUAAAAAAAUUGGGCACGUUUACUUUGUUAACCUAAUCUCGUGUAUUUUUGGGUAGUUUAUAGUAAUUCCUGUUUAGUGCAAAACUAGCCACUUGACCUUUGAAUGUUUUUAUUAUGUAUAUGUAUAUAGUUUUUAUUUUAGAGGCAAUCAGUGAAACUACUUGCUCAUGAUGGUUUCUUCGAUGCAUGAUCAGUGUCUUGAGGUUUAUUUGCAGUAUUGUGGGGUUUGUAAAUUUGGCAAUAAUUAGAUAUGGUGAUAAACUAACAAGUGGUUUUGUGUGAUGCGUGAAAUAUCUGAAUACUGAUUUAAUUGAUCUUCUGAAUAUUAAUUUAAUCUCAUUAUGCUUGGUUAAUUAAUACUAAGGUAUUGUACUGGUUGGUGCAUACAUAAAAAAAAAGCUGUGCACAAGGAUAUUUCAUCAAAAUAUUUACUGAUUUUAAAUAACAAGGUUUAAAGACAUAUUAUAUCUUGACAAAGGUUUGGGUUAUGCCCAGCAAUUUUCAAACAAAAUUAACCCUUCAACUUAAAUGUUGAUUUUCAAAUGAGUUUAUAUACAACAGUGUCACUGCAAUUCAUAAACAACUGUUAAAUUUUUUUAAGCACGAUUUCAUAUUUUUAACUGAAUGGAAUGAUGAUGAUGAUAAACUAUUUAACUUGGUAUUUUAAAUUACAAAUAUUCACACAAUAAUACAUAUUUGCAAGUCUAUUCAAUCAUGUUAAGUCAUUUUUGAAAAUGUAAAGUUUGUAUUGUCAAAGUGUGGGAGAAAUUUUUUUGUGUUGGUGAUAUGGAGAAUCUUUUCUUUAUUUAAAAAAAAAUUUGCCAAGUAGAAAAGUACUAGUGAAUUUUUUUUAAAUAAGUAUGAUUUCUUAAUUUAUUUGAUGUUGUGCUGUAUGCUACCUCUGCUCCUAUAAGUUGAUUUUUUACAUGAGUAAAAUACUUUUUUUAGACAAUCUCUUUAUGUGAAAGUGUGUUGUUUUGUACAUUGUUUUCCAAUGUGUAAUGAAUGUUUUUUAAUAAUCCAUUUACAUCAAGCAAAGUUUUAAAAAAUUUUAAAUGCAUUUAGUGUAAUAACUACUAAGUUAUCUUUAUCAAGAAUUAGUACUUCUAUUUUACCACAUUAUUAUUAAGUUUCUGUGUUGUCUGUUUGUCUUUUCAGUACAAUUUUUUUUUGUUUUGUUUGUCCUUGCUCCGAUAUUGUCGCAUCAGGCUACGAGCAGAACGGCACAUUGUUGCAGGAUGCAUGAUGCAUGAUGCUGCACUUCGCAGGCGGUGCCUGCAUCAUGUACUGCUCUUAGUUAUUUCAAUAACUUCAUAAACAUAAUGUAACAUUAUCCUAAAUAUUUAGUAAAUUCUUCAGCUAUGACAUUUGAUGCUCCAUACAAUUUCAUUAUCACAUUUAACCCUAAAUUUCACAGCCUGAGAAAAUACAAUCGGUAUAUUUUCUCUUUGUUUUAAUUUUUUUAGAAUGUAAAAUAAAAAUUCUCAGACUUUUUAGAGUUAAUAUUUUUAAUUAUUGAUAUAAUGAUAUACCUUUAAAUAAAAAAAAUUAAACAAACAUGAGGGCAAAUACAUACAGCUUUUUAAAAAUAAUUUAUAAAUUUCUUUGGAAGGAAAAUCGGCCUUUAAUUUGCUUUAACUGUGAAAUAUAUAUUUUUUGUACAAACUGAACCAGUGAGUCAAAGUUUGAUGUUCUCUCGUCAGCCUGAAGGAAACUCGCAUACUGUAUAACUUCUUGGUGGAAAGUCAUCGAUUUAUGGACUAAAAGCAGAAAAUAAUUAAAUUGAAAGAAAAAUUUUAUUUUAGCAAGCCAUGUUUUUAAAGUGUCCCUUACUUUUUUUUACUUUUUUUUUAUUUUUUUCUUUAAGUACCAGUUUCAUAGCUAUUAAAAAUUUACAAUCACAAAUUUUCAUGACAAUCAUUAUCGGAGUAGGAGAAAUUAUUUUAUACGUUUUAGUUUUAAAAACGUAUGUUAAAAAAAUUUUUGAUUUAAUUAUCUAGAUUGUAAGCAUCAUUAAAAAUAGUAUUUAAAAGGAAUGAAGCUAGUUCAUAUAUUUUAAUGUUGAAAUUUUAUACCUUAGCAUGUAUUUUGAUUGCAACCUUUUUGAAAAUUAUUAACUAAAAUAUUGCAGAAGUAAUAUUUUGGUUGUUUGUUGCAUCAUUAUCAAGGUCAGGUUUCGAUUUUGAAUCCAGUACACAUGGGCCCGCUGUCGUGCCACGUAGCUAUAAAACGGGAAACGCCACUGAAAUGUAAACGGACUGCACGGAUAAACUGAGUGAACUAUAAGCGCCCGCAGCGCAGCGCAGUGCUGGAAUCCGCGCGGAAGCACCUGUACGCGAGCCGCGUCACGGAAACCUGCCGAAUCAUGGCAAGCUGGUUGAAAACUUUUAGUUGUAAGUGAUAAAUGAAUGUAUGUAUUUUUAUUUUCCUUAACUGUGCGGCUAGUCUUUAAUGAAUCAAAAACAAAUCUAAUGUGGUUAGAGAACUUUUUAAAAAAUUGAUUAGAAAUUAUGAUUGUUUACUGAGGUGUAUUACUUAACAAAAUUUCUUUAUAAAACUAUAAAACAUCCGUUGUUAUUUUAUAAUGUGAAGUGGGAAAAUAGUUAAUACAUGUUAAAUUAUGUUGCACUAUCUUUUUAAGUCAUUUUAAUUUUUAUAGUAAUACAAAAUUAUUGUUCCAAUUUUAUGUUAUUUAUACUUCUGCAGAUUCGAUCAAAUAUUUUUUUGUUAAUUUUUAAUUAGUUUUAACUGUGGAUGGUUCUUUCCUCAUCCUUUCCACUCUUAAUUGUUGUACAUCGUUGUUAUUUUGCCUUUUGUCAUCUUUGUCAUCAUUUGUGAAUUCAUUUGUGCAUCCAAUUGUCCAGCCGUAACCCACGGUUCUUAUCCGGUCCACCGGAAACACAGGUCUCUCCAGCUCGCAGCAUCUUCUGUCUUCCUGCUGUUUCUUCCCCACCACCUUAUUCCAGUUGUCUUCACAUCUGUCAUCUCUGGCAGUUCAUUCUUCUCCAGUCUGUUGGCAUGACCGAGCGAGGCGUUAAGGCUUGCUCCAGUCUGUGAGGUUGGUUGUUGCCGGCGUGAACACUUGUCCAUCUUGUUCCGUGCGCUGUCGCUUCACUACGGCCGUCACAGAACCACACCUCCGCAGCUGCGGGGAAUACAGAGGGUCAAUGAUCGUGUUACUCUUGCAUCAAGCUGUUGUUAUUUUGCAUAAAUAAGUGAAUUAUUAAAAAAAAAUUAGUAAUGAGGGUAAGCUUGUAAAUAACCAGCAUGAGUACCACUUCAAAUAUAACCAUUUUGAUGCGGUACGUUUGGGACCAAGGUCAUGCAAGACUAUGUAACCUCAGUGUAUUUGUAACGGGAAUACCAAAAACAUGAAUAUACAGUACAGUGGUAUUUAAAUCAAGUAAUAGACUGCUGAGUGGCUAUACAAGCCCUUCCUGCUAACAUAUUUCUUCUGGAGAAGCGUCUUCCUCUAAGCAUUUCAAAUGUCUUCGAUUCUCAUGCUGCAAUGACCUCCGUGUGGUUUGUCCCUGGUAAAAAUUAAUUUUUCCUAAACCCGCUUUCAAACACAACUAAAACUAAAAAAAAAUAGUUUUUUUUAUUUUUAUUCUGUGUAUUAACAAGACAGUAGUUACACACCAAAGCCAUCAUGAACUAUGUAUGUAAUAAAAUGGGCUAGGGAUUUAACCCUCAAGUUACCAGAGGUAUGUUAAGUGGAUGUAUGUACACAUGGUUUUUUUGUUGAGUUAGAAUAUCGGGAUGCAACAUUUGUAGCAGAUACCUGCAGUUUGAGUAGUAGACAUUUCUACUAUAGAUAUAUACUUGAAUAGCGUAGUGUUUGAACACACAAAUGUUGGAGGGCACAUGAACUGAAUUAUUUGUAUUGAAAGAUACAUACAUGUAAUUUGUCAAAACUUUAAGAGCUGGUAUUUUUCGCGUACUAUCCAACUUGAGAUUUUUUAAAAAUGAAAUGACUGCAAAUAAAUCUAUUUAUUUACCAUCUAAGUUGAUUAAAAAAUAUUUGGAAUCUGGGAAUAUACCUAUAUAUUAAUGUGUGUGUGUGUGUGUUGGCGAUAUGAGGUUUUUUGCGAGAUAGGAUUUAGUUUGAUUGGUUU